AUGGUGUCUGUGAUGUCUUCUCGCAUGGUGAUCCCUUCCGAACCCACACCCACCGGAAUAUUUCCGCUCUCCGAUUUUGACCAGUCCAAGCCCUCCAUCCACAUCCCUCUCCUUUUUGUUUACAGGCCCCUUGUCAAUGAUCAACCCUUCCUCCCGUUUUCCAUUCACAUUCUCACCAAAUCUUUAAGCCAAUCCCUGGUUCACUUCUAUCCCCUCGCCGGUCACUUACGCGAAAAUGUAGGCGGUCGCUUUCAACUCCACUGCAGUGGCAGGGGUGCUCAGCUUUUAGAAGCCGUUUCGCUGGCCAAGUUGGAUGAGUUCGGUGACUUCAAGCCCAGCCAAGAUGUUGAACAGCUCGUGCCCGAGAUUGAUUAUAAUCUUCCUGUGGAGGAGAUUCCUCUCUUGGCGGUUCAGCUCACCAAAUUCCGAUGUGGUGGUCUUACUCUUGGGGUCUCCGUGUCGCGUGCUGUGGUUGAUGGGGCAUGUAUCGUUCAUUUUGUGAACUCGUGGGCUAGGAUAACUAGAGGAGAGGGUUUAGAUUUAAGCUCGACUGAAAUGCUACAUCGUGAUUCAAGUAUUUUAGAUUCGCGAGCAGAGUCAUGUGCGGCGCCGCGUUUUGAUCAUCCCGAGUUUUCUCCACCACCACUUUGGCUAGGUAGCUUGGUAGAUGCAGAGGAUGAAGCUGCUGCUGUUAUUCUGAAGCUCACAAAAAAUCAAGUUCAACAACUGAAAGAAAAGGCCAGUAAUUUUGAUGCUCCCAGGCGGCCUUAUACGAGUUUUGAGGUAAUCUCUGGGGUGUUGUGGAGAUGUGCCUGCAAGGCGCGGUAUGGGGGAAAUGGCGACCAACCAACGAGGUUGUCCACUAGGGUUAACUGUCGAAAUCGGUUAAGGCCACCUCUUCAUAAUUCUUACUUUGGAAACGCAGCGAUACCCACUGUGACUAAAACGAGCACGUUUGAUGAUGUCAUGAGCAAGCCUGUGAGUUAUGCCGUUGGGGAAAUAAGACGAGCAUUAGAGAAGGUGACAGAUGAUUACGCAAGAUCAGCUCUUGAUGAUAUAGCAGGUCAGAAGGAUGCGAGGCUGCUGAGGAACACCUGUCCUGGAAAACCCAAGGGAAACCCAAAUCUAGAUAUUGUUAGUUGGAUGAAUUUUCCAUUUCAAGAUGCUGAUUUUGGGUGGGGAAAGCCAGUCUAUAUGGGACCAGGAAAUAUUCAUAGGGAGGGGAAAGCUUUCUUGAGAUGGCGAUGGCUUCAUGGUAGCCUUAUGUUUGCAAGUGAUGGCUUCAUGGUAGCCUUAUGUUUGCAAGUGUCACAUAUGGUAGCUUUCAAGAAGUUGUUCUACGAGGAAACAGGGGACAUGUUUCGUACUACUUCCAAAUUGUGA